CUAGAGUAUAAAUACCGUAAACAAUGUUCCAAUAAUCAUCAGUGUUCUUAUUUUUUUGUGAAAACAAAUUUAUUUUGAAAGUUAACGUUUGUAAUAGUGUAACGUACCUACUACACAUUCAAAAUGGUUACUAAGUUCAUAAUGUUUGUCGCUUUGUUCGGGCACUUGGCUUUUGCUUAUCCACCAAUUGAGUACAAAAGUUACGAUGACGACCACUACGAUCACGCACCUAAACCAUAUCAUUUCGAGUACGGUGUAAAAGAUCUUCACACGCAUGACAUCAAGAGUCAACACGAGAUUAGUGACGGUCACGGUAACGUCAAAGGAUCGUACAGUCUCGUGGAACCCGACGGUUCCACCCGCGUGGUCGAAUACACAGCUGACCACGAACACGGUUUCAACGCAGUUGUCAAGAAGAUCGAAGCACCUCACCACCACAGCGAGUACUCCGAUACCGCGGACUACCAUCAUCACGAAUCACUUCAGCCGUCUUACGAACAUUUGUUGCACAAGUUUUACUGAAAUAUGUUAUAAAACUACCAACUAUACGGAGAAAUGUGUUACCAAACUUUCGCGUAGUUAAUGCUACGGGUUAUUUGUUUUACACUGCAUGUACAUUUUUUUUUCUGAUGAAUAAAACAUUCGCCAUUGUUACUAUAAAA